UUCUGGAAGCAGCAGAAACAUGACGGGCCUCUUCUGCAGACUGGCAACUCGGAGCUGCUCCCUGUGGCGCCGUGGAGCGGUGGUCCUGCGGGAAGCGCACGGACCGCCUUCCCGUCCGCGCCCCCGGCACCGAGCGCCACUGCUGUCCGGCGAGGGCGCGUCUCCGGCGGCGCGCGGCGGCGCUCAGAGCCGUACGCAGCACUCCGAGGCGGUGGAGCCCGUGGAGGUGGAGCUAAAGCGGCUACAAGGCGCGGAUUAUGGGAUCGUGGAGGUGUUGAUGUGCCGACACAAAGCAAGAAAUGCUCUUGGGCAUGUGUUUGUGUCACAGAUGAGGGAGCUGGUGUCGUCCCUGUCUGAUGACUCAUCCGUUCGAGUGGUUAUUUUCAGGAGUUUAGUGCCAAAUGUUUUCUGUGCAGGGGCCGACCUGAAAGAGAGAGCGCUCAUGGACAACAGUGAGUCUGAUCUGUUUGUUCACAGCCUGCGAUCCCUCAUGACUCAAAUAGCAAUGUUACCGAUGCCGACCGUGGCAGCAGUUGACGGAGUCGCCCUGGGAGGCGGACUGGAGCUCGCCUUGGCUUGCGACCUUCGCACUGCCGCUCAUUCGGCACAGAUGGGUCUGAUUGAGACGACACGAGGACUGAUCCCAGGGGCAGGGGGCAGUCAGCGGCUGCCGCGGAUGGUGGGCAUCACUUUGGCCAAAGAGCUCAUCUUCACAGGUAGACGAGUGAGCGGGCGGACCGCUCUGGAGAUGGGGCUCGCAAACAGAGCUGUGGAACAGAACCAGACAGGAGACGCUGCCUACAGAGAGGCACUCUGCCUGGCCAGGGAGAUACUGCCCCAGGCUCCUAUCGCUGUGCGAAUGGCUAAAGAAGCAGUGAACAGAGGCAUUCAGGUUGACAUCAGUUCAGCAAUGGCAAUAGAGAGGAUUUGUUAUGCUCGGGUUAUUCCCACCCGGGACCGACGGGAGGGUAUGGCAGCCUUCAUCGAGAAGAGACCUCCACAGUACACUGGAGAAUAAACACUGGAAUUCGCUGCUGGAUUUAUCCACCAUGCUCACGCCGGAGCAGGCUACUCUCCCUGACCUUCCGUCUAAUGAACAAUUAACAUUCACUGAUUGUCUUUGUACAUCCCAGCCGACGUCAAUAAAGCCGGUAAAAUGUCAGCUGACGGCUGUCUGCAGUCGACACGACCAAACUGAAAGGAGUGGAUUUUCAUUAGUGUGAUGGUAUAAAAAGACAAUAAAGGAUUUGUUAUUUG